AAAAAAGGAGGGAUUUUUCCCCCCCCCCCCCAAAAAAAAAAAAAGAGUGAUUCAGAAAUGAGCCCAGGGGAACAUAACUUAGUUCAGUUUCAGUUUUUCCAUAUGGUUUUAACCUGAACCAAACCGAAAUCCAAACCAAUUCGGGUUCGAUUCUCAGGAACUGAACAAGCUAUAUCUGAAUCGAAACCGAGAAAACCGGACCAGACCGGAAACAUAAAACCUUAGUUCAACACAUGGCAAAGAAAUCCGACUGACAAAUGGAGGAAGGAUAUGGGAGAAUAAAACAUAAGAUAUAAAGAAAAGGUUUAAUACACUAUUCAACCACCAACCAUUUACAACUAACUCCACAAGAAAACACACAGAGAGAGCAAAACCAAAAGAGAAAAAGAAAAAUGCCGAUACUCUCGAGAAGAAAUCAAGUGGGCCAUACUCUCUGUUUAAAAAUGCCAUUCUUCACGUGCGCAAAAAAAACCCAGUUCCAGUCUUUCAUGUCCCAUGCAAUAUAUAUUUAUAUAUAAUCAAGCUAUACCCGCCGCUGAACCAAAAACCAGAACAAACAAACAAACAAACAAACAAACAAACAAAAAAAGAAGAAAAAUUGCAUACUGGAGUCAAUGGCGGCUUCUAGCAUGAAGGUGAUCCCGAUGGCGAUCCCUGCUUCCGUGAGUUGCCAAAGGAUCGAGCUUCUGAAAGAAAACAGGGCCCGAGAGGGCAAAGAGAAACAUAGAUGCGGAGAAGGAGAAGAAGAAGAAGAAGAAAAAGGGUUGAGCUAUGAGUGCAGAGAUCUGUUGGAUUCUCUUCCCAGAGAGAAGGGAUGGAGAACUCGUUACCUUUACCAGUACCAAGGGUUUUGGUGCCAAGCCAAGGAGAUUCAAUCUAUCAUCUCCUUUCAAAAACAUUUCAAAUCGGUUAACAACGAUAUCAUCCUCGCCACCAUACCUAAAUCGGGAACCACCUGGUUAAAGGCUUUGACAUUCGCUCUUGUUAACCGUCACCAAUUCCCCGUUUCAUCGAGUGAUCACCCUCUUCUCACUUCAAAUCCUCAUGAUCUUGUGCCUUUCUUUGAGUACAAGCUUUAUGCAAACGACUCUGAUAUCCCUGACCUCUCCCAUAUCCCGAGCCCGAGAACUUUUGCCACCCACGUUCCUUUCGGUUCCCUGAAAGAUUCAAUCAAGAGCUCCAAUGUUAAAGUCGUGUACCUAUGUCGGAACCCAUUUGACACAUUUGUGUCAUCGUGGCACUACGUCAACAACAUAAAAUCUGAAUCUAUGAGCCCGGUUUCGCUGGAUGAAGGGUUUGAUUUGUACUGCAGGGGAGUCAUCGGGUUUGGCCCCUUCUGGGAGCAUAUGUUGGGAUACUGGAAAGAGAGCUUGGAGCGACCGGACAGAAUGUUGUUCUUGCAAUAUGAGGACAUGAAAGAAGACAUAGUGUCAAACUUGACCAAGCUGGCCAACUUCUUGGGGUUCCCUUUCUCGAAAGAAGAACAACAACAAGGUGUUAUACAGAGAAUUGCAAAGCUGUGUAGCUUUGACAGUCUGAAGAGCCUAGAAGUGAACAAAUCCAGCAAAUCGAUCAAGAACUUCGAGAAUAGGUUCUUGUUUAGGAAAGGUCAAGUAUCUGACUGGAGGAACUAUCUUCGCCCUUCGCAGGCAGAGAGACUAUCGAAAUUAAUGGAUGAAAAAUUAGCGGGCUCUGGUCUCACUUUCAAGUGCAUUUGACAGAGAAAUCUAUCAGAAGCAGGCCACAUAACAUUUCAACUCCAUCUGAUUCCGAUCGAGGUGAAAUGCUGAGACCAAAUCUAUCAAAGAGGGCUGUUAUCAUUUCUAAGAACCUGUUGUCUUUUAUAUUCAGUGUGGGAUUUAUGUAAUUUUCAUCAUGCUCAAUUUCAUCACGUGUUAAUGAAAUAUAAAUCCUGUUGUGUUUCA